AUGAGCUUGAGGUGCGCGAGCAGGACCUUCAUCAGGGCGGUGCAGGGGGCGCUGAGGGACCAGGGCUCGAGGCCCUGGUCGGGGGCCUCCUCGGGGGGGGGCGUGAGGUCGGUGCGGCGGCCGGAGAACCCCACGGCGGCGGGCCAGGCCAGGCGGCGCUCCGGCGCCUCCGAGCGGCCCGCGGUGGCGGCGAUGGCGACGACGGCGGCGGAGGAGGCGGCCGCUGCGAGGAGAAAGCUGAGGGAAGCCGAGAAGGCGGAGACCGUCAUGCAACUCAUCUGCUGGGGUCCCAAGUAG